AAUUAGUCCUCGCAUCGUUUGGACUGAGAUUGAUAAACCCUAAACCACGAAAUUUUGAACUCACCACACAAUAGAGAAUCUGAAUCAAUCGCGAUCACAGAGCGUGUAAGCAAUAAGCAAAUAACAAUGUUCAACGCUUGACAUUGUGGUGUUAGUAACUUAACCACCGUUCUGGAACUUGGGAUUAUUCUGAUACAGCACCUCCACCGUUACUACUAUGGGCCGUCACUCUUCCAGCAACCACUCUCCCUCCUCCUCACGCCGCCACCGGAGCCACCGCAGCAGCGUCUCUCCGCCUCUACGAGACAAGCACGAGCAUUCCGGCUGCAGUACGGCCAAACCGGUUCGGUACGGUUCGCCGGAUUCUCCACUUCGCUCGCCCUCUCCGUCUCUGCGGACGAAGCGGCUGAAGAAAGGUCAAUCCGAACGCGAGCGGGAGCCUCGAGAGAACGAGAGGAACCAUGGCGAUGGUAGCAGAGGGAGAGGCUCCGAGAGGGAAGCCGGUGAGCGGAGGGAGAAGAAGAGAACGGAGAACGAUGAGAGUAACGGAAGGAGUAACAAAUCGGAGAAGAGAACAGAGUACGAAGACGGUGGCGGAAGGAGUAGCAAAUCGGAUAAGAAAAUGGAGUACGAAGACGGUGGGGGAAGGAGUAGCAAAUCGGAGAAGAGAAUGGAGAACGAUGACGGUGGCGGAAGGAGUAACAAGUCGUUGCGGUCGAGGCACGAGAGGUCGCCGGAGCGUGACCGCAAUGGGAGGAGCCGGCAUAGGUCUCAGUCUCCGCCACGUCACCAUGCUUCCGCCGCGGAUGCAAAACCACGUGAUGAGAUGACAAACGCAAGAGAAGCUGAACAAAUGGAUGAUGAGGAUGAUUCUAUUAGGAAGAUGAAGGCUGCUGAGGAGGCUUUGGAAGAAAAACAGAAGCAAAAACCUUCAUUUGAGCUAUCUGGAAAGCUUGCGGGUGAAACAAAUCGAGUUAGAGGUGUUACUUUGUUAUUCAAUGAACCACCAGAGGCUCGCAAACCAGAUAUUAAAUGGAGGCUUUAUGUUUUCAAGGCUGGUGAAGUGCUAAAUGAGCCCCUUUAUAUACAUCGCCAAAGUUGUUAUCUUUUUGGAAGGGAAAGAAGGGUUGCUGAUAUCCCUACAGAUCAUCCCUCUUGCAGCAAGCAACAUGCUGUUAUUCAAUUCCGGCAAGUUGAAAAGGAGCAACCUGAUGGUACAUUAUUAAAGCAAGUAAGGCCUUACGUUAUGGACCUUGGAAGCACAAACAAAACUUUCAUAAAUGAUAGUCCCAUUGAACCUCAACGAUAUUACGAACUUAAGGAAAAGGACACCAUUAAAUUUGGUAACAGUAGUCGAGAAUAUGUAUUACUACAUGAGAAUUCUAUUGGGCAAUAGACACUAAUGUCUCCAAUUUCGCUCUAUCUGCUCAUCAGAACUGAUUAAAGCAGCAUUUGACCUGCAGUUUUUGGUAAUUAAUGUCCAACUUCUGUGUAUUCCCUCCUUUCAGAAGUUUCUAGAUCAGUCUGUCUACAAGUUUCUUGUUAUUAUUAUAUAUGCAAGAUACAUUAGAUAAUUUAUUUUGAAGUUGUAUAAUACAAUCUUGAGCCGCCCACUUAACCAAAGUUAACUCUUGUAAGCUGAUAAAUUUGCCCUGUGAAUUUAACUUGCUUGGUUGGAACAUUUGCAUGUUAGUUUCGGACAGGGUUCAACAUUUUCAUAUAGCAUUGUGUUAUCUUUCUCCUUCCCCUCCUUGGGUCACCUGGUAGAGAAAUUAUUUGGUUGUUCUGCUGUC